AUGCCGGAAGCACCCAGAGGCAAUGCGCGCCAGGAGGAUGAGACCUCGGCACUCCAGCCCAUGUUAAAGGGGUUUGUCAUGCUAGUGGUCUCCCAGUUUGUGUUGUCGAAGGCUAUGAACUACUGGAAUGCGCCCAGUGAUGCUGCUGGCGGUGCGGCUGUUGUUAAGAACUCGUUCCCAAAAUUCUCCGAGCGUCCCGACCAAGAUACAAUUACAAACGCGACUUAUUUCCCUGUCAAGACAGUGCCGAUGUGGGAGACAGGCAGCAAGCUAGACAUUGCGGUACAUGUUACCCCAUCUACUACAUUCCCUCUUCCAAGGGAUAGCAAGGUACUGGAUGAGAAGGAGUUUAAUACUGCGGGUGCAAAGGAGCUUCGAGAAAUUAGUACCACUCUGUUUAUUCCGAAAGCAGUGCAGAAUAAUGAGACUCUCUGGGCUCACUUUUUCGUUGCGCUUUCGGGACAUCCACAGUACUCGAAUGAGGAAGGAUAUAGCGCUGACACAGCCUAUAACUUUUCCCACCCGGUUAACCAGUACCUACCAAAAAAGAAGGCCAAAAAGCUCCGGAACCUUUUGGAUGCAGCUAAUGAGACUGAAGUCGUGGACGAAGUGCCAAAAACAGUCAAGAUUAGCUCCUUUUAUCACCCAAAUCUCACUGUAUCUUUCGUUACCGACCAAGGAGCUAUAAAUUUCCAGGCAUCUCAUCCGUCUAUUCGCCAGUUCCUUCAAUUGGAACGGAGCGGCGCCAGAGAUGGCUCUGGGCAAGUGGGCUGGUACUAUCCGACUUUCUUUUUCAAUCGUUUUUGGCAGCUUAGGAACCAUAUGACGGAACUCAACUCCACUGUCAGUGAAGUCCCACUGCGCAUUACCCUGAACACGGUGAAACAGUGGCAAUUUGCUAUAAUGUCUAGCAUUGAGGAAGAUUCCAAGCAGAAGCAACGUCAAGCAGCCUUUGGAGGCCCACUUCCUCCUACUUCAGGCGACGGAAGCGAGGUCGAGAUGAUUAAGGAAGUACUUUUAGAUACUAACAUCUACCUUCUCAUCACCACCGGUGUUGUUGGUGUGCUGCAUACAAUCUUUGAGUUCCUCGCUUUCAAGAAUGAUAUCUCUCACUGGAGAAAGAAGAAAGACGUCGUUGGAACCUCUGUCCGCACCAUUAUUGCAAAUGUCUUCAUGCAGCUGAUCAUCUUCUUGUACCUACUUGACAACAAUGAGCACACAUCUUGGAUGAUUCUCGGCGGCCAAGGCUUUGGUAUUGUUGUUGAAGCUUGGAAAAUCACAAAGACAGCUAAUGUCCGCAUUCGCCCGCCGCCGGCAGACUCAUAUCUCUCGUUCCUCCCGUACAUCAUUGUCCUUGAAGACAAACACAAGCUUAGCGAGACUGAGAAGAAAACCCAAGAGUACGAUGAAAUUGCGUUCAAAUGGUUGUAUAUCGCUGCCGUUCCGCUAUUGAUCGGAUAUGCCAUAUACAGCCUGUUAUAUGAGACCCACAAGUCGUGGUACUCUUAUAUUAUCGAGACACUUGUUGGCAGUGUCUAUGCAUAUGGGUUCCUCAUGAUGGUUCCAAGCUUGUAUAUCAACUAUCGUCUCAAGGCAAGUGAAUCCGUUGCACAUAUGCCUGGAAAAGCACUCACUUACAAGUUCCUCAACACGUUCAUCGAUGACUUGUUUGCAUUCACCAUCAAGAUGCCAACACUGCAUCGACUUGCAACCCUCCGAGAUGACGUUAUCUUCUUCAUCUGGCUCUAUCAAAGCUGGAAGUACAAGGUUGACUACACUCGAGUCAACGAAUUCGGCCAAGGAGGAGACGACGAUGAAGAAGAGGAGAAAAAGGAGAAAACCACUCAGAAAAGCGAGGAGAAUACCUCCGGUGGCGAUUCGAAGGCCGUAGAACCAUCCACUCCCGCGGUCAAAGCGGGUGAGGAUGAGGCUUCUUCAUCCGCAAAGGCAUCAUCAAAGGGUUCCAUGCGGAAAAGGAAGUAG